GAUUCGACCAUUAAGUUAACUCUAACAUUAAGCACUCAACGGUCGACCACGGAGGGUGCACUUGGUGGAGGUUUAUACUGAUAACUACCAAAUCGUUUCCAUUUCAGCCUGGAUAUAAGGAUCAAGACUGCCAUCAACAUUUUGAAAAUUAGUACAGGUGGUCCUACGCAGCGGAAUGAGGACUUGAUCUAAACAAAUUUUGUUUGACUUUUUAUAUGUGUACAGUAUAUAUAUACUAGCACGUACUUGAGGUGCACUUCAUCAACAAUAGAAAGAUGGACGUAUCAAUAGGUCAGGUCUUGAGAAGUCUUCCAGUCACAUUGCUUUCGUGGAUUGUCUUCAUAUCAUAUAUUUCAGGUGUGUUGUGCACUCAAAGCUCCACCCUAUGUCUACAAUACUAUGACCAUGACGAGAACGUUGUGCCGAGGAUUGACUGCCCUUCGUACUACAACGAAACGAAAAAGAGUUUUGACAUUGAGGUCUGUUGUGGUGGCUGCUUUAGAAGAUAUUGCUGUAAGGAAUUCAGCAAACAAGUAGACCAAGAUAGCUGCAAAAACCACCUUAAUCCAAAGUCUAAUUACCUUCCAGUUGGACUCAUCGUGGCCUGUCUAAUAGGAGCCUUAGCGAUGGUAGUCGGCUGUUUCCUUUUUGCGUCAUUUUACGAAAGUUGUCUGUGCUUUAAAGGAAAAGGACUCAAAGAGAGGCGUAUGCAACGCCCUCCCCCAGUGCACAAGAGGCGCAGAAAGUUAAGGGAGCUGCGAUACGAGCGCCCCCCAGGACCAGACGUGACGAUGCCUAGAUAUGCACUCCCUGCAAUGCACCCGGAUGUAGAGGCCAACCCUAACUCCGAACAGUGUUAUAAUCACAGCACAAAUUUCCAGGAAACGGUUCCUCUGUUUCCACUCACGGAUGUUUCUCCCUACAGCGAGACUAUUGAUAAUGAACAUAACGAAGUAGAAAAAGAGAAACAUAAACCACGUAUUAAGAAAACUAAAGAGCCUGACGACACGAUACGUCUCACAGAACUGCCAGACGACACCCAUGACGGACGUAAUGAUGAACCAGACCAUUCUGGCGUGGUUCCAAGAGGCAGGGCGCCUCAGGGGGAUCGGGGGUCACAAAGGGAUCAACCUCCCAAUGUUGAAAGCAUGAACCAAGAAAUUGCACCAAACGAUGAGGGGCCUCCACCGUACGAACAAGUAGGCAACCAGCAUGCGCCACAACACCGUGAGAACCAGCCGUCUUCUCCGAUACUAGGUGUGCUUUAAAUAACAGCGUUUGAGAGACCAAAUUUCAAUAAAAAAAACUCCCAUGUUCAGUCAAGUCCACCGCAAACUAUGUGAUAACUGAUAAUAACAGACCAUUGUCAAGGUCUUAACGGAUGUAUUUGAGUAUAUCUGGAGUAUAAUCUUUAUGGUCAGCGUGGUUAUGAGGGUAACUGCCCAGUGCACUCUGGCAAGGGUAACGGAAACGUCUCAUUUUUGCAUUUUCAAAAGGGUUACACUAGUAAUUCCCAGAAGAAUCAGUAUUAUGCUGUAUGACUGAAGAUGAUGAGAUGGGUUAUUCAGUUUCACAUGGUUCCACAUCAGCUACCUAAGUAAGACUGAGUACGGAGGUCAUAUCAAAGUGUUUUCCAUCUGUUACGGAUGCUCGUUUAUAUCCAACAUUUAUAGACCCGUCAACGUAACCAUGAAACUUGUCUUCAUUCCAUAAGAGAUUUUAAAUUAAUAUUUACAUUAUUUUUCAAAGCGUAUUUCACUCAUUGUUUGGUGAAUCAUAUCGUGUGUUGAAGACACGACAUCGCCUUUACUGUCUUCGUUUGUUUAUUUUUUAAAAUUUCAAUUCAGGGUGGGUUUAUGUACUUAUUGGUCCCCCUGGUCAUUUUACAGUGAAUUGUACUGUUGCGACGUAGAUGUGCCUUUAGUUGCACUUGUUGUGACUGUAUUUUCGGGACAGCAAGCACAAUUGUGAAAGAAAGAGAAGUUCAGUAUAUCACUCAUGCUUUUUGCACAAAGACAAUUUGGUACACUGUGAAUGCACAGUUUUAACUGUGCAUCUGAAAAGAUGUGAGCUAUGAGAAUUUGUACAUUUGAUACAUUUGUAAAAUAUCAUUUAAACAUCUUAUCCGAAUCUCAGAGAGUUUUUAUUUCGAUUUUGUACGUGGUUGUCAGGUGUGUUCUUUUCCACAACUGAAUAAUUAUGUGUGUUCAGAAGGCGUGCGAGAGAGAGGGCCAGACCCCCAAAAUUUUAAGAGUGUUCUUCGUUACUUAACCUUAUAUUAUACAAUUUUCAAAUUAUUUUUCAAAACCCAGCGAUGCGUGUAACAUUAUACCCGGUAUCAGGUUAUCUGCACAGCUCUAACUAAAUAGACGU